AUGGUUGAUACUAACCCUAGUACAUCAACUAACAACGGUAUGAGCGGUUUACACCGCAUACCACCCCUGCGAGGGACUGACAAUUACAACAUGUGGCGCACACAGAUGGAAGACAUACUUACCGAUCUUGAUCUGUAUGGCUACGUUAACGGAACGAUAUCUAUGCCGUCAUCGGCAACAACGACAACUACGCCAAGUGCAUCUGGUAGUAGUGAGAAGACUGCUCAGGCAUCCACAUCAACUGAUAUAAACGAAGAAUACCUUAAAUGGAUUAAAUCCGACCGUAAAGCAUUAGUGAACAUACGCCUGAGAGUUGACGGGAAUGUACUUACACACAUACAAGGUUGUACAACCUCCGCCGACGCUUGGAAUACGCUCGCGACUACAUUCCAAGUUAAGGGAACAGUCGGAUUAAUCGAUCUAUGA